UAAAAAAUAGAUGCUCUCAAUAUAGGAAUCUAUUCUAGAUAUCUUACGUUCCCACAAAACAAACGUGAGAAUCCAGAUACCCAUCCAACGGAAAUCUCUGAUUCCCACGAAAUAAACACUCCUUAAUACUUUCACCAAAAUAAGAUAUUAAAAAUUUGAUUCCUCAAAUAUUUUUGGCUUCACCCUUUGUGGAAUAUAAGGUAAUCUUGAAUUGUUGCAAAAACAAACAAAUGGGUUGAUGAACCAAGGUCUGUAUUAUCUGCCAUGGUCAAAACAAAACUCCCUCUGUUUCUUCCCACCAUCACCGCACAGCUCCUUCCAAUUUCCAAAGAUCAAACCCAUAAUCACAAAAUUCUCUCUUUGAAUUCAACACAAAAGCUUCCAAAAUCCAAACUAACCCAUUUGUCCUCUAACACUCAAUUGUCGAUCACUACUAAGAUUCCAUUUCAUACCCCAUUUCUCCUUUCUUUGAUAUGAACUGAAACAAAAUUACUUGUUCUCUUCUUCCUUAGGCAUGUCCGCCAUCUGCAACUAUAAGAUCGCCAUGGCCGUUCCUCCCUUUCAGAAGCUCCGCAAAUGGCCUCCUUCUCUUGCCCUGCUCCUUAUUUUGUUGUGAGGUGCUCCACCGCCAAAGAAGGGAGCGAUUCUUCUCACAAGCAAAGGUACAUAAAACUUAAUGGGGUUAAUAUUGGGUCCGUUUCAGAGGCUGAUUUCCUCACCCAAUCGGCAAGAGCUUCCAGAACUCUGCUCGCCUCUGUUGCGGCGAAUGGGUGUGUUAUUGAAGAAGAUGUUCGCCUCAAGAUUCCCACGAAGAAGCAGCUGGUUGAUCCUCAUCGGCAGGGGCUGAUCAUUGAGGGGGGUGUUGGGUAUAGACAGACUGUUGUGAUCAGAUCAUAUGAAGUUGGUCCUGAUAAGACUGCGACUCUCGAGAGCGUUAUGAACCUGCUGCAGGAAACAGCACUGAACCAUGUUUGGAUGUCUGGACUCCUCAGCAAUGGUUUUGGGGCCACCCAUGGCAUGAUGAAGAACAAUCUUAUCUGGGUUGUUUCACGAAUGAACGUCGAGGUCGACCACUAUCCGAUAUGGGGGGAGAUUGUUGAAAUUGAUACAUGGGUUGGGGCAUCGGGUAAAAAUGGAAUGAGGAGAGACUGGCUAAUUAGAAGUCAAGCCACAGGUCAUGUGUAUGCUCGAGGUACAAGCACAUGGGUGAUGAUGAACCAGGAAACAAGACGUCUCUCGAAAAUCCCAGAAGAGGUAAGGGCAGAGAUUUCACCAUGGUUUAUAGAGAAGCAGGCAAUCAAAGAAGAUGUCCCCGAGAAAAUUUCCAAGUUAGAUGACAAAGCCAAGUACAUGAACUCUCACUUGAAGCCAAAGAGAAGUGAUCUGGACAUGAACCACCAUGUCAACAAUGUGAAGUAUCUAAGAUGGAUGCUAGAGACGAUACCCGACCAUGUUUUGGAGUCGCAUCAACUUUCCAGUAUCGUAUUAGAGUAUAGAAGGGAAUGCGGGAGCUCAGAUAUAGUUCAAUCCCUAUGUGAGCCAGAAGAAGAUGGAAUCCUGAGGGAUGUGGACAAGAUAGAAGAUAAUGAAAUCAGUCUACUAAAUGGGUUUUCCCUGGCAUCAGAGAUUUUCAAGGCUGGUGGGCUCUUGGGAUCUUUUGACAAAGGUAUACUGAGGUAUACACAUCUUCUACAGAUUGAAGGGGAAGCUAAGAAUGAAGAGAUAGUGAGGGGAAGGACCACUUGGAAGAAGAAGCUUACCAAUAUACCAUUUCCCACACAGUAAAAAUUUCACUUAUAGCAGUCUCGUGCCUCUUUACGGAGAAGACGACGAAGCACCACAAUGCAACAUUCCUGAAGACAAUAAGCAAGGCUGCUUUAGGUGAAAUUUCUCAUUUUGUUCAAGAUUUUUCCUAGUCUUGUUGUUCUGCAUCACAAGGGAGUUCAUCAGAUGUAAAUACUCCUGCAAGUGCAAUAGAACCUUUGAAGAGUUCAAGAACAAUGAGAAACAUACAGAAGAAAGAAUUUAAGUUGUAAUAUAUUGAUGAUCAUUUGGAGAAAAGAAAGCUGAUCCAUCAUGGAUGUAUUUGAA